UACCAAAAAAAGUAAAAGUGAUAAGAAAAUUUAAAUACUUAUACUUUAACUAAUCUAUACGAUGGCAUCUGAAAUGCAGACGUAUAAGUUUGACGUUGUAAUACCAAAGACAAAUUUACCACCGCCCAAAGAAGAAGACACAUCCUCAGAGUAUGUGUUCUCAGUGCGUAUAUUUAAGGAUUUUGUCGAUUUGCCCUUCGACCGCAUGUGGGCAGAGGACUUUGCCGAUGCGCCUCUGGGACAGAUUUUGUCCACACCUUGUGAGCUCAUUGGUUCUCUGACUUCGAAGGGCGUUUGUGUCACAUUAAGGAACAAACAAGGUCUACUUGGUUCAGGGACUACGGCUUUGACACCUCUUGUUUUGCGCCAAUUGACUGAUCCCACUUUUGAAGUAAUCCAAACUAUUGAUAUGGAUAUUGUUCAUCAUGGAAAGAAUGUGGAUACCAUCCAAAUGAAGCUUAAAUUUAGCGCAGAGCAUCCAGAUGUAGACCCUGAAAAUAAUUGUCCUUAUGAUGUCUGCCGAACUGUGGACAAAUCGCUGCAUCCAAAGGAUGUAGUAUUUACCCUUGGACGCUCAUGCAAGUGCCCGACCACGUCGUGUAUUACGGACCAGCGGCUCAUGUCUGGUAUAAACGCUCCGUUUAAGUGCGUUCAUUCCCCGAAUACUCCACAGGGCUGGAGCUGCUGCCUGACUGGUGGCGAAGCUCCACCUCCUCCACCGCCGGAGCAGGAUAAGAGAAGUGAACGAAAUAUGUUGAAAGAACUGCUCGAAGACCUUGACUUGGAUCGCAUUCGUGUACCCACGCCGCCGCCCACACAUGCAGCAGGUAAAAAAUGGCGCAAGAAAAGCAAAAAGAGAACGGCAUCGUCGUCGGAGGAUGGGUCAGACGAGAGCUUUAACCUGUCGGGCGGCUAUGUCAAUGUAGAUGAGGAUGAACGUCGAAAAGCGUUAGGCUCAUAUCCAAUUGAAACACCCAAAUUGACGCAGGCAAGUCACCAAGCUCCCACAUUGUGCAUCCUCUGCAAAUCCGAUGUCAGUUGGCUGCCCAAGUUAUCCGCUUGUCCCUAUUGCGGCUAUAGAAACUAUAAUGCCGAGUCCGAGGAAGAGCUUUAUGAUGAGAAUGCCACAGCGAAACAGAUACUAGAUGUCCACAUGCGGGAGGAUAGGUGUCGCAGUGACUCUGAGGAAGAGGAUGAUUCCUGUACUGAGGAUAAUGAUGCAAAUAAUACUGACCCCAAGAACUGCGGCUGCAUUACUGGUAUACCCUGCACUCGCUGUCGCAUUCGUAAGUUGUGCGAGAGCAUUUUCAAAGAGAAGGACGUAAACAUCAACAAGCCCACACCGGCGGAACAAAAUGAGCCCCAGAAAGAGACCAACGAAUUGGAGAAGAAGGAAUCAACUGUAUCGCAACGACGCUCGCAUUUAAUUAAGAUAUUUACUGAAAUGCGAAAUGUAUAUGACACAAACAAAAAGAAAACAUCUCAGGGUGAUUUGCUUGAUGAGCAGAUGCGGCAAGAGCUGAUGGCUCAUUGCGGUAAAUCAGUUAAGUUAUCGCGGGCACGCCAACGUUCUCUUAACAAGGCUUUGAAAGAGAUUGACAGGGCCUAUCCCAGUCCACGAAAACCAAAGAAGGCUAGAGGCAAGAGUAAGUGGCGAUCGCCGAGCAAGAAGUAUGCCUUUUGGAACUCGAAAAAGAGCGAUCACGGUUCCCGAAUAGGCCACAACACAUGCAUCAGUGACGGCAGCUACACGGGUUAUCGUAAGAUUCCCUGCCACAUGGGCUGGAUGUGGACUAAGAGUUCGAUGUCACGUUUCAAGAAGUGGAAGCCUGGAGCAAUUUGCAAGCCCAUUAGAGGGCUAAUGUCCUACUUUCUAAAAGAUUUUCCAGUUGACACCAUUUGCCUCUCGCGUUAUCAUUGCCGUUCCAAGAAGACUCGCAAAGAAAGUGAUGCAAGUGAGGAAGAAAAUUUAGAGCAACAUCCAACAUUGCACAUCAGUAAGAAGAAUGGUGAAUAUAUUAUAACCUUGCGCCCACUUAAGGACCCCAAAGCAUUGGCAGUGUGCGCCAAUCCGUAUGCUGACAUGAAGCCUGUGGUUUUUCGCAUAACCAAGGAUCCCAAGGCCGUGAAAAUGCGUGAAUUGAAAACUGGCCUACAAGACCAUGGAUUCCCGCUAUGUACCUGCCAAAAUCCUAUCGUUUCCUGCCACUGUCGUAGCCAUGUAGAUAAAGAGCGCUUGGUGUACGCUUUUGAAACAUUGUGUGAGCGAUUGGGCUUGCCAAAUACAAGCGACAGUUUCAUUUAUUCUAACGACGAUGACGAGGACGACGACGAUGCAGAUAGUGAGCAGGAAUAUGAGUUUGGUGUUACCCCACCAGCAGGACUCGUCAAACCCGAACGGUUGCACCAUCCGGAUCACACGAACGCCGAAACUCAGUAUAUGGAAGAUGAUUGGGCCAUGCCAUCGAUGUUCCCGCAUCCACCCAAUCCCUAUGUACAGUAUGGAGCCUGUGUGGUUGGUGAACGCAGAGGACCCUUCGAUUGGAUCUAUGGCAAGGGUAAGGUGCACAGCACACCACCGAAACCAGCGCAACGGAAUAAGCCAAAAAAGGCGGACAAGAGUAAGAAACGACUACAGGGUGGCUAUGUGAGUGAGCAACGACUAAAGGGUGGCUAUGUGAGUAAGCAAGUAGCCGAAGCAUUUGUGCGAAAACAAAGUGUCGAGAGAAUUCCAACGACAAGUUUAUACACAAAACGGAAAUGGCACAAGUCAUCAUCGCCAGAGGCGACUUCUAUUACCGACAUAUCCGCAUAUUCUCACUUACGACAUUGACACAUUAAACAUGCUACACACUUUCACAAAUUAACAGUAAAUUCCAAACUCUACGAAUAAACUAAAAUUUGAAUUUCAUAAAUCAAA